AAGAGUUAGCAUGAAUAAAAAAUAUCUUAAAGUAGAUUUAGGUAAUGGAUGUGAAAAGUUUUCAUUAAAAACACACCUCAAUAAUAUUUGGAAGUCAGUUCAUUCUAUAGAAAAUGAUAUAGAGUAUGGAGUUUUUGAUAAACUUCACUUAAGUGAUUCUUCUUUGUCUAGAUUGCAAUCAGAAGUUAUAGAUACAUAUAGGAUAAUAUCCAUUAAGAAACGUCUUACUAAACGAAAAAUUCGCAAA